AUUGGGGUAGAUGAAAAGCUGUCUUUAAGACAGGUAGCUGUUGUUGAAGAUUUCUUUGACAUAAUCUACUCCAUGCAUGUGGAAACAGGACCUAACGGAGAGCAAAUCAGAAAACAUGCUGGACAAAAAAGAACCUAUAAAGCAAUUUCAGAGACCUAUGCCUUUCUACCAAGAGAAGCGGUGACACGAUUUCUGAUGAGCUGCUCAGAGUGCCAGAAAAGAAUGCAUUUAAACCCAGAUGGAGCUGAUCAUAAGGAUAAUGGAAAACCUCCAACACUGGUGACCAGCAUGAUUGAUUAUAAUAUGCCAAUCACAAUGGCCUACAUGAAGCAUAUGAAGCUGCAGCUAUUAAAUUCCCAGCAAGAUGAGGAUGAAAGUUCCAUAGAAAGUGAUGAAUUUGAUCUGAGUGAUUCUACCAGAAUGUCUGCUGUGAAUUCUGACCUCAGUUCAAAUCUUGAAGAAAGAAUUCAAAGUCCGCAGAAUCUUCAAGGUCAGCAAGAUGAUGAUUCAGCUGCAGAGAGUUUUAACGGCAAUGAGACUGCAGGACACAGUUCCAGCACGUCAGGGGGAACACAUUGCAGGGAUGUUGCAGAAGCCAACAGUAAUGGUAAAACAACUCUGGAGUUGGAUGAACAGCCUCUGAACCUGAGUGACAGCCCCUUUUCUGCUCAGCUUACUUCAGAAUACAGGUUAGAUGACCCAAACAGUGAUGGAAAGAGCAAGUACAAGAACAUCCUAGUGUCUGAUCUUAAGAUGGAGCAAGAGGCAAAAGAAAAUGGAAGCAAGUCACCUGCCCAUAGUUAUUCAAGCUAUGAUUCUGGCAAGAAUGAAAACAUGGAUAGAGGUGCUGAAGACCUCUCCCUGAACCGGGGAGAAGAAGAUGAGGAUGACCAUGAUGACCAUGAAGAUGCUGAGAAAGUUAAUGAAUCUGAUGGAGUAGAAGCUGAGCGCCUGAAAGCUUUUAAUAUGUUUGUCAGGCUGUUUGUAGAUGAAAACUUGGACCGAAUGGUCCCAAUCUCUAAGCAGCCCAAAGAAAAGAUCCAGGCUAUCAUUGACUCAUGCAGGCGACAAUUCCCUGAGUACCAAGAGCGUGCCAGAAAGCGUAUACGUACUUACCUCAAGUCCUGCAGGCGGAUGAAAAGGAGUGGUUUUGAGAUGUCAAGACCUAUUCCCUCACAUCUUACUUCUGCAGUAGCUGAGAGUAUCCUAGCUUCUGCCUGUGAAAGUGAAAGCAGAAAUGCUGCAAAGCGCAUGCGAUUAGACCGACAGCAGCAGGAUGAGACUGCUUCAGCUGACAAACCAUAUAAACAGGAACCAACCCAGGUCACAUACUCAACAUCAGCUGUUUCCAGCACCCAGGAGGUGCUGUACAUCAAUGGAAAUGGGACCUACAGUUACCAUAGUUACAGAGGGUUAGGAGGAGGUCUGUUAAAUCUGAGUGAUGCUUCUACCAGCGGUCCAACUGAUCUCAGUAUGAAGAGGCAGCUAGCAAGCACUUCGGGGUCUUCUAGCAAUACUAGCUCUAGACCUCAGCUGAGUCCAACUGAAAUUAAUGCAGUACGGCAAUUGGUUGCAGGAUAUAGAGAAUCAGCAGCAUUUUUAUUGCGUUCUGCAGAUGAACUGGAAAACCUUAUUUUGCAGCAGAACUGAGACACAUUAUUAUCUUGCUGAUCUAGUUUUAUCAUAGAAUUUCCACUAAUGACAUUUUGAUAUUUCAGAGCAGAUCUUUCAUGUGCUGAGGUCUUGUUGACAGGUUAAUUUGCAUUAUGCCACACUGUUCUCAGUGUACUUGGUGUGUUAUGGUUCUCCAAGUGAACUUGGAUCUCUGACAUUUUUAAGAUCCUUUAUAAUACCAGUUCGGUUUGUUUUCAUGUGUCAGCAUCAAUAGCAAAAAAGUGGUUAGAAGUGUUAACCCAUUCUAACAUGGACAGAAACAACAGAUAUAUACUGGGGUUUCAAAUUUGAUUCAGAAUCCAAGUGCAAUAUUAGUGGAAUGUGCUACUGACUCAGUGGACUCAAAGCUGCAUUAUAUGGCAAAAUGUUGCCAAAUGCCCUGAUAUUAACAGGAUGUAAUUGCAAUGAAAAGGAUCUUGUAUUUUAAAUAAAAUGUAAUUUUUAUAGGAAAUAAAACAAGACAAAAAUGUUGGUUCACAUUCUAAAUUGAUCAUUUUUACUUUGGUAAAUUUUUCACUGAUUUUUCAAAUGAAGCUUUGAGGAGCUGUUGUUAAGUCCUCCUCAAUGAAAUUUUAAUCCCCUCUCCAAUUCACCUCUGUCCUCAAGGCGUGUUUUUCAUGCUGAGCAGCCCGUUCCCUGGUAGUUUCCUAUACAAAUAUCUCUGGACUGACUUCUGAAGGAAGCAGACUUUCCUGAACUCAUACCAUUUUUGCUUCUGUUUCAUAAUGAGUUGCAACUUUAUUAGUAAUUGAUGAAGAUGUGAGAGAUAUUUUUAAAAGACAUAUCAUUAAUUUUGUUUUUAAAGGGAUUUCCUACAAGCCAGCUCAUUUAACUCCACGAUUGCUGCUGCUGUCUUGUACAAAUCCUUCUAGUAGUGAAUGGAUGUAGAUGACUGAAUGUGAAGAGGUUGCAAGUGACAAUCGGAAUAUUUGCACUCUUGUGUAUAUUUCUUUUCUUUCUUUCUAAAUGAAUAUGUAACUGAAAAGGGCCAUUGACACUUCUGAUGUGAUUUUAUAGUGCUUAUGCUAAACUAAAAACUGUACAAAAAUGGUAAAGGAUGCAGCUGCCAUUUAAACAAAAUGUCCUUCCCUUGAAUUUACC